AUGUUCUGUCGUUUUAGUUUCCGAUUCUCAUUAGCUCGGCCUCUUCAACCCCCAAGUGUGAUCUCUCUGAAGCCUAAUAUGUUACCACCUCAAGGAUCCAGGUUUUCAACCGCUGUAUCAAGGAAGAGUUGCGAGGGAAAACUAGGGGACAAUGGAAGAACAUGUAGAAGGAAAGGAAGACAGCAAAAAAUUAAUGAGUACCAUGAAAGCUCAACACCUGCUUCCAAUGGGGUGUUAAAUGACUUGCCAAAAGCACCUCAAAGAGUUAUAAACCUGGAUUCUACAUUCUUGUAUAUGGGAUUCUGCCAUUUUGCCAGGUUGAUAUUCGCAAUGAAACGAGGUGACCCAGCUUGGAUUGGUUGCAUAUACGCCUUGUCAAUUUUCACUGGUGUGUCACUUGGUGUGCUCUCUGAAAGCUCAGUAUUUCCAGAAUGUUAUGCGGGUCGCAAAUAUGUCAAACAACUUCACGGACUAUGGUCAGCUCCUUUUCGUAUCACUGUAGCCAUGGUCCUUCUUUACCAGAAAUUAGGUGUUGCAUCCGGAUCAAUGAUGCUAAUUCUCAUGAUCCCCAUUCAGACAAUCGUGAUCAGCAAAAUUCGAAAACUGGCAAAGGAUGGACUACAGCAGACUGACAAGAGAGUGGGCCUCGUGAAUGAAAUUUUGGCAGCCAUGGACAAUGUGAAGUAUGAUAGCACACCACCGACAGUAAUUGUUUCUAACAUUACUGAAAAUAAAAUGUUUCAGAACAGCAUCCCAGUUGUUGUGACACUAACAUCAUUAGGGAUGUUCACUUUCCUUGGCGGCAAUUUGACACCUGCGAGGGCAUUCACAUGGCUUUCUCUUUUUGCAGUGCUAUGUUGCAUGUUGAGUAUCAAACAUGUUGAACAACACCCCUCUCGUUUCUUGCCGGCAGAGAAGCCCACCUUAUCAAACAUCAAAUUAGAAAUACCGGUUGGAAGCUUAGUGGCAGUUGUUGGCGGCACUGGAGAAGGGAAGACGUCGCUUGUAUCAGCCAUGCUUGGAAAGCUGCCUCCCAGAGCAGAUUCUGGUGUUGUAAUCAGGGGGACUGUUGCUUAUGUUCCCCAAGUUUCAUGGAUUUUCAAUGCUACUACAUGUGGGUCGCAGCAUCUCUUCUUUGAAUGCCUACAAUGUUUAAUCUUGGCUUUCUAG